AUGUCUACCCCGUCAGCGCCGACUUUCUAUCAGUCGUUAGUGGCUGGUGGUGCCGCAGGGACCGCUGUCGAUCUGCUCUUCUUUCCCAUCGACACGGUCAAAACUCGCCUACAGUCUUCGCAAGGCUUCAUUCGCGCAGGGGGAUUCAGAGGAGUCUACAAGGGCGUCGGGAGCGUAGUAGUCGGAAGUGCACCUGGAGCUGCUGUGUUCUUCUGCACCUACGACACGCUCAAAAAGACCCUUCCCCUACCGUCGGACUAUGCCCCCGUGGCUCACAUGAUUUCGGCCUCCAUCGGAGAAGUCGCGGCAUGUUCAAUACGCGUACCCACAGAAGUCAUCAAAACGCGGAUGCAGACUUCAACAUAUGGCGCAACUUCUUCCCUGACGGCAGCUCGACAUGUCUUGUCUACUGAAGGCGUUCGUGGUUUCUACCGAGGUUUCGGGUCUACCAUCAUGAGAGAGAUCCCCUUCACCUCGCUGCAGUUCCCGCUGUACGAGCUAUUGAAACUGCGCCUGGCGAAGGUAGUUCACAGACCACUUCAUUCUUACGAGGCCGCUGGUUGCGGUAGCAUUGCCGGAGGCGUCGCGGCAGCGCUUACAACUCCACUAGACGUGCUCAAGACACGAGUGAUGCUCGACCUACGAGACCCAACAAAGCACGCGCAUCCGUCGCUAGCGGCUCGGUUCCGCGACAUUUAUGUCAAGGAAGGUGUGAAGGCCCUGUUCGCCGGUAUCGUUCCGCGGACAUUGUGGAUCUCCGCAGGGGGUGCAGUGUUCCUCGGAGUGUACGAGCAAGUUAUCCUGACAUUGACGGGCGGGCCUCCGAAGUCAACCUAG